CGCGUUUCGUUUCCGGGUUUCCGUCUCUCUGGUUUUCCAUUGUUUUACUGGGAUCAGUUCCGCUAUAUAUUAUUGAAUCGCCAUCAUGUCUACAAAAGUUUACGUCGGUAACCUGAGCUGGAACACGACCGAUGAUACCCUGCGCCAAGCUUUCUCCAACUUUGGCCAGGUCCUCGAUUCCAUUGUGAUGCGCGAUCGCGAGACUGGUCGCUCCCGCGGCUUCGGCUUCGUCACCUUCUCCUCGUCCGGUGAGGCCGAGUCGGCCAUAAGCAGCCUCAACGAGCAGGAGCUCGACGGCCGUCGCAUCAAGGUCAACCUCGCCAACGCUCGCGGCGGCGGAGGCGGCGGUGGUGGCUACGGCGGUGGAGGCUACGGCGGCGGUGGCUACGGCGGUGGCAGCGGCGGCUACGGUGGUGGAGGCUACCAGGGUGGAGGUGGCUACGGUGGUAGCGGCGGCUACGGCGGCGGCAGCGGCAGCUACGGUGGUGGCGGCAGCGGCGGCUACGGUGCCAGCCAGGGCGGUUACGGUGGCGGUGGCUAUCAGCAAGGUGGCUACGGCGGCCAGUCCGGCGGCUACGGUGGCUCCGGCGGCUACUAGGCGCUGGACUCCCCCUCCUCUCUCCCCUUUCUGACGGACCUUGCCCCUCGCUGGCGUCAAUACUCAUGCUUAUCGUCUUCGACUUGACUGCCUGUGUCAUAGUCCGGUCCCAUCUUGCUGCUCUGAAUCGAUACGUAACGCAACAUGUACAUGACGCACUCAUCCGCGGAUUCCUACCCAGCGCCCUUCCUUUCCUGCCUCGAGCACUCGUCGUUUACGUCCACGAUCCGGCUUGUACUAGUACCUGGCAUUGUUCCUCGUCGUCCCCGUCGUGGGUGGGUGUUGUCACUACGUUCAGAAUCGGUCUCAUCUGUAUUGCGUAUGAUUUGUA